AUGGAAAAAAGAUUUAUGCCUCCUUUAAAAAAGUAUCAAGCCCGUUUUGAAAACAAAUCAGCAUUUGACACAAUUUCAUUGGAUGAUGCCAUCAAGGAUAUUCUUGUGGCACUAUAUACAAGCAUUUUUGUACAUAAAGAAUACUUUGAUCUAUUAUGUAUCCAAGACAUUUAUAAACGAUUGAGAAUAGAAAAAUACCUUAUAUGCCUUGAAAAAGUUGCGGAUACAGAUGAAGGUCAAAGAUGUGCAAGGGCUUGGGAAUUAUUUGACAAUUACAAACAGGAAAGUUUGAAAGGUGACAAAUCAGAUAAAAAAGGCCAGAGAAUGGGAAAAGACAUGUUCAUCAUAAAUGGUGGAGUGUUCAAUGUAGCAUUUAUGCCAAAGAGAACUAACCAAGAAAAAGAACAAAAUUUGAUGGAUCAUUAUUCCAUUCCUGAUCACAAAGAAGUUAUUAUGGAAAAUGUUGAUAACAAAGAUGCUUACACAAAAAACAUCCAACAAUCUCAUGAGAAUGUGAUGGAAGAAUAUAGGGUUGUAAAUCUUUCAGCACGAGAUGCCUCAGAUCCUGUUAAUAAGUUAACAGAAUCUGAAAAGAGCCUCUUAAAGAAGAUCUGGAAUUCAUAUCAAGCCCGUUUUGAAAACAAAUCAGCAUUUGACACAAUUUCAUUGGAUGAUGCCAUCAAGGAUAUUCUUGUGGCACUAUAUACAAGCAUUUUUGUACAUAAAGAAUACUUUGAUCUAUUAUGUAUCCAAGACAUUUAUAAACGAUUGUAA